AGAAGACAUCACGCCAGACAGCAUCCGGAAGUCGCCCGGUACCUCUCAAUCAUCAGCUACGUUUUUCCCUCGGUGCCUUUUAAAACUGAUGUUCCCCCCUCUCGUCGGCCAACCAGGCAUGGCAGACCCCAGGACCCUCACUGCAGAAGGGAAGCUGUCUGAAGAGUUUGCUGUUCCCUCCCAUGUAGAGGAGGUCAAAGGGCAGAUGGCAGCUUUUGCUGUGCAGCACAGGGCUGCAGGGCACAGGGUAGUGCUUAUCACCUCAGGAGGCACCAAAGUCCCCCUGGAGUCCCGCACCGUCCGCUUUCUGGAUAACUUCAGCAGUGGCCGGCGCGGAGCCUCCUCGGCAGAGUACUUCCUUGAGUCAGGCUAUGCUGUGAUCUUCCUGCACAGACACCGUUCCUUAUAUCCUUUCACACGCCUCUACUCUGGGAUUAAUCUGCUGGACAGCCUACAGCUGGAGAGUGGAAAGGGGGGUUCGGUCUCUGACCAAGUCGUGGUCAACCAGCAGGCACUUCCCAACAUUGCCAAAAUCCUGAUGCGUUACCAGGCGGUGAAAAAGGCAGGGCUUCUUCUGCCUGUGGAGUUCAGCACCCUGUCCGAGUACCUGCACCUCCUCAAAGCAGCAGCACAGGCACUCAGCCCCAUAGGGUCCAACGCUAUGUUUUAUUUGGCUGCAGCAGUGUCAGAUUUCUACAUCCCAGCGUCUGACAUGCCAGAGCACAAGAUCCAGUCUUCCAAUGGACCACUUCAGAUCAGUAUGAAGAUGGUCCCCAAGAUGUUGUCGCCGCUGGUGAAGGACUGGGCCCCUCAAGCAUUUGUGAUUUCCUUCAAGCUGGAAACAGACCCAUCCAUCCUGCUGGACAGAGCUCGGCGGGCUCUGGCCACCUAUCGGCACCAGGCUGUGGUAGCCAAUGUACUGGACACCAGACGAGGUUAUGUAGUGGUGGUGACCCCUGACACUCAGGCCGAGCUGGUACUCACAGAUGAGGAAGCAAGCAGAGAUGUAGAGAUUGAGGACAGGAUUGUCAGUAAUCUGACUGCAGCUCACAGCCAAUUCAUAACCCAACAAGGCUAAGACCCCAGUUAACCAUGCUAGGGCUUUCCCCAACUAAAUAAAAAUUUUGUUGACCGAAAGUUCUGUUAUUUUGACCAGUUCAUUGUUUGACAUUUUUAAAUGUGUAUUUUUCCAUAUAUAGACAUACCUUUAUGUGUUUUAAUUAUUUCAACUAUAGGCAUUGAUCUGACGCUUUAAACUUAGUUUGAUAUAAGACAUGCCUCAAGAGGACGCCAGAGAUCUAGAUAACCAGAAGGAAACAAAAUAGCCUACAUAAAAACAUUGCAGCCUGCAGGUAGAGAAUAACCUGAUAAAAAUAAAUAUUCUAAAAAUCACUGGCUACACGUCUGCAAAUAUUUUGAAAUAUUUUGAAACAUUGUAUAUACUAUUAAGUUGGGUCUAGCCCAAAGCUUGCACUAGCAAAGUUGCAACAUUGUAUAAAAUAUUGUGGGCCUACAGACACAGCUGUAGGCUAUUUGCACUAGGAUAAGAAGCCGUGCUUGACUUGGGCAGGAGCUCACCGGAGCAGAGUACAGGCACCUCAAUUUUUCUACUGCUUGAGCUUCUGUUCCUCUUAUAUAUUAGCUUAAAAGAAUUUUGGCGCUCCUGCACCUCAAUAUAAACAGUACCAGAACCUACACUACCGUUCAAAAGUUGUCACUUAGAAACGUCCUUGUUUUUUUAAAGAAAAGCACCUUUUUUCUCCAUUGCAAAUGACUUAUAGCUGGAAAGGUCUGAUUUUUUUAAAUGGAAUAUCUAAAUAAGUGUAGAGACCCAUUAUCAGCAACCACCUGUGUUCCAAUGGCAUGUUGUGUUAGCUAAUCCAAGUUUAUAAUUUUAAAAGGCUAAUUAAUCAUUAGAAAACCCUUUGCAAUCAUGUUAGCACAGCUUAAAAUUGUUGUCCUGAUGAAAACAAUAAAACUGGCCUUUAGACUA